UUUCCAGACUCCUUCGCAGCGGUGCAGCGAAUUCAUCUCUCUCCCAGGCUGCGCCUGGCACGCGGCCCGCUUCCCUGGCCGCUGCCUCCCACGUCUCCCCCUCUUCUUUCUCCCUCAGCCCAUCUGCCCCCUGCGCUCUCGGCUCCCCAUUAUUUCCAGGGCCCACGCGCGCGCGCGGCGCUCGCCUCCUCGGCUCUGCCCCGGGCACGUCUGUAUUUGGAGCUCCCGGAAGCCGCCGGCGACUCUCCCCCGGAGCAGCGUGACUGACACGGGCUCGCGUUCAGGGGGGCGGAGGCGGCGGGGAGGAGACCGGGAGGGCGGCGGGAGGAGGCAGCGAGGGGCCGAACGCCGAGCUGCGCCGCGCAGGACGGGACUGUGGACACCGGAGCAGAAUGGGAGACAUGCAGGGCCUGAUGGAGAGGCUGGAGCAUGCGGUCAGCCGGCUGGAGCAGCUCUCUGCAGAGUCACACAGACCUCCUGGGGACUGUGGGGAAGUCAACGGUGUCAACGGAGGUGUGGCGCCCUCCGUGGAAGCCUUCGAUAAGCUGAUGAACGGUAUGGUGGCUGAGUUCUUAAAGAACAGUAGGAUCCUUGCUGGUGAUGUAGAGACUCACGCAGAAAUGGUGCACAGUGCUUUCCAGGCGCAGCGGGCAUUCCUUCUCAUGGCCUCUCAGUACCAACAACCCCAGGAGAAUGACGUGGCUGCGCUUCUGAAACCCAUAUCGGAAAAGAUUCAGGAAAUCCAGACCUUCCGAGAGAGAAACCGGGGCAGUACCAUGUUUAAUCAUCUUUCGGCCGUCAGCGAGAGCAUCCCCGCCCUUGGAUGGAUCGCCGUGUCCCCCAAACCUGGUCCUUAUGUCAAGGAGAUGAAUGACGCCGCCACCUUUUACACUAACAGGGUUUUAAAGGACUACAAACACAGUGAUUUGCGCCAUGUGGAUUGGGUGAAGUCGUAUCUGAACAUUUGGAGUGAGCUUCAGGCAUACAUCAAGGAACACCAUACCACAGGCCUCACCUGGAGCAAAACAGGUCCCGUCGCGUCGACAGCCGCAACGUUCUCUGUGGUCUCCUCCGGGCCGGGUCUCCCACCGCCCCCUCCUCCUCCGCCCCCUCCAGGGCCACCUCCGCUUUUUGAAGACGAAGGCAAAAAAGAGGCGUCCUCUCCUUCACGCUCAGCUUUAUUUGCCCAACUGAACCAGGGAGAAGCAAUCACAAAAGGGCUCCGGCAUGUUACAGAUGACCAGAAGACAUACAAGAAUCCCAGCCUACGGGCUCAAGGACAGACUAAGUCUCCAACCAAAAGCCACACCCCGAGCCCUACAUCGCCCAGAUCUCUUCCUGCUCAGAAACAUGCUCCUGUGUUUGAGUUAGAAGGAAAGAAGUGGAGAGUGGAAUACCAAGAAGACAGGAAUGACCUUAUGAUUCCGGAGACCGAACUGAAACAAGUGGCUUACAUUUUCAAGUGCAACAAAUCAACUCUCCAGAUGAAAGGGAAAAUAAAUUCCAUUACAAUUGACAACUGUAACAAGUUCGGCCUGGUGUUUGACAACGUGGUGGGCAUUGUGGAAGUGAUCAAUUCCAAGGACAUUCGAAUCCAGGUAAUGGGGAGAGUGCCAACAAUAUCCAUUAAUAAGACAGAAGGCUGCCACAUAUACCUUAGUGACGAUGCACUGGACUGUGAGGUUGUGAGCGCCACGUCCUCUGAAAUGAACAUCCUUGUCCCUCAGGAUGGCGACUAUAGAGAGUUUCCCGUUCCUGAACAAUUCAAGACUUUCUGGGAUGGCUCCAAGUUGGUCACUGAACCUGCAGAAAUUAUGGCCUGACCUCCAGAGAGACGGAACACCCUUCUCCUGACCCCCCGCCCAUCAAGUGAACAAAAAAGCAGCAUUGAGGAGCUAGCCGUGGCAGUGGUUUGGGCCUCCCACACGUCUUCGUUUCCGGCACGCCUUUGUGGGCAUUUGGAAAUAUUUAACACUUUUUCAUGAUUUGCUUUUGUGUGUGACUUUUAGUUCCACUUGAUGACUUGCGAUCACUGACGAUUUAAAGGAAAAAGAGAAUUCUGUUCCCCUCCCAUCAUUAGGUGAACAUCUGCAUGAUUCACUUUUACACUUAUGUUGAUUUGCUAGUUUAAAUAGGAACCAUCUGCGAAUCUGAGGUGUCCAUUUCUACCUUUUAGAGACUUUUCGGUAUGGUGUUGUUGUAGUUUGCCCUGAAAAAUGUACAGUGGCUUUCUAUCGUGACCACAUACUCAGCUUUAUCAGUGCAGAUACACCGUUGGCAUGAAUACAUGUUUUAACUCAAAUUUUAAUGAAAAAGUGAAACUCCACAGGAAGGACCAAAUUCACUUUCUUGGUCCUUGAAAGACCUAUAUCCUUCAUCGUUACUAAAAACCAAAAGUGAAUUCGAAUUAUUCAUCUUAAAUACUUUUCCACCAUGUUCUUCUUUUGAAUAAAAAUUCUUAUGCCAAAAGAUACAUGAGAGGAAGUCUUUUUUUUUUUUUUUUUUUUUUUUUUUUUUUGCUAUGUAAUA